ACUGAUUAGCCGCCCACUGCAUCCAUCGUCUUAAUUUCUCCCCUCCCGGGCGUCCUCCCGUCAACGGCCAUGGAAGUGGCAUCUCCCUCCGAUCGAGAUCCGCAGGCAGGGCUGCACCCCUCCGCCGGCUCCAGCUCCAGCUCCAACCCCAUCUCCAGGGGGUGCAUGCCAGUGGGGAAGAGAUAGCUGUAAAGCUGCUCCAUAAUAACCUGCAAGGAACUGACGACGAGCAAUUCAAACGUGAGUUUGAAAACCUUAUGAGGCUUGAUCAUCACAACAUUGUACAGUUAGUUGGCUAUUGCUACGAAACACAUCAUAAACCUAUGCUGCAUAAUGAAGAAACCAUUUACGCUGAAGAAACAAACAGAGUGCUCUGUUUUGAGUAUAUGCGAAAUGGGAGCCUUCAAAAGCAUAUUUCUGAGGAAUGUGAUGGACUUGACUGGCACACACGUUAUGAAAUUAUCAAAGGGACAUGUGAGGGCUUAAAAUACCUUCAUGAAGGAUUCAAAGAACCAAUUUACCAUAUGGACUUAAAACCUGACAAUAUACUGCUAGAUAAGAAUAUGAUGCCAAAACUAGCAGAUUUUGGCUUGUCUAAGCUCUACGAUGGAGAACAAUCAAUGAUCACUCAAAGUCUUGCGGGAACAAUCAACAAUAUUAUCAGGGAUGUUGUAGCGCAAGGAAGUGAUCAACGUGAUUAUCAUGCUGUACAUGAUGAAAACCCAUCACUCAUGGGCCCUCUUAGGAGCAUAUCAGAAAACAUAGAGCGGGUUGAGAAUGAAUACUCAGAUGAAGAGGACGACCCGCUGCCAGGCGUGGAAGGGCUAAGAAUCACCGGUGAAGCUUUUCCUGGAAGAGAACUUCAAGUGAGUGGGUAUUCCAUCAACGGGACCACAAGCUGCAAAUUUGAGUGGGUACGCCAUUUGGAAGAUGGAUCGCAGAAGUUCAUAGAAGGUGCACGGCAGCCCAUAUAUCUAGUUACCGCGGAUGAUGUGGACACUAUACUAGCCGUUGAGGUCCAGCCACUAGAUGACCGAGAAAGAAAGGGGGGCAUCGUUAAGGUUUAUGCUAAUGAGGAAAGAAAAAUUCCUUGCGAUCCUGAAACAAAGGAGCUUAUCAAGCAAACCCUUUCAGUUGGCCAUGUGUCUUAUGAAGUCCUUCUGCCGGCGGUUCCGGUCUUAGAAACGUGGGAACCUGCUGUAUUGGCAGUAACGAGGAAAGGUUACAGCAUUAAGUGCAACGGACAGCGUGGUGUUGUUGCUACAGAGACAUUCCAGCAAUACAUGGCUAUCAGUAUCCCAUGUGGGCGUCCUACUGAAUUUUCACUUCAGUCUGCUGAUGGUGAUGAGUAUAGUCUCAAGCCUGCAGAAAAUUCCCAAUCACGAGAUACUAUUGUUCUAAUACUGAGGGCGUUCAGGAUGCAGGUACAUGAUGAAAUGAAAUGCAGGCUAUUGAGAAGAUUAGAGCGAAGAUUGGGCGCCUCCAAGUUGGAGUAGAGUAGAGUAGAAGGUUGGGGUUGCUUAAAGAUAUUUAAGUUUGGCUUGUGAUUCUUGUGUGCAGAAUGAAAGCACAAGCUUUGGUUUCCUGCAUUUUAUCGGUCUAUGCAUGUCUGUGUCUGCUCCGCUGUUAAGGAUCCAAUAUUUGUUGGUUACUGAGUGAGAUUGGAAAAGUGACCUGACGAACAUAAGUCGCUUGUGUUGUGCCCUGGAACUAGAAAGAAAAGCACCUCAUGAGAGGCCGGGGACGAGAAGGUCGGGGCGACGGCAGCGAGUUGGCUACGCAACGUGAUGGAGACGGCAGCGGAAGCUCGCUGCGCAGAUGGGAGGCUCAAUGGCUGUACUACCUCGUUUUCUUCGGCAUCCUGUUCCCAAAGUUUGUAUGCAGAAACUAGUAACCUGUGCAGAGGCAAGAUUUUCAAGGCGGCCAUGGCCCAUAGUAAUGUCGGGUGCCGAGCUGCUGUCUAACUCGUGUGAUUGUAAGCCUGUUUUUUUUAGCAAAGUUUUCUUCUUCUUUAGGCCACAA